AUGUCAGGAAAGGCCAAUAAGGAACGGAACUGUGAGAUGUUGACGGAGGAAUUGAGUGCAACGACAAAGGAUGUGGUUGAUGUGCGUCGCUGGAUAAGCAGUGUGGUCGCCCGUGGUGUUUUGGAAGUGGACUUUACUUUGAGGCCUCGUUGGGAAGGCCUCAUAGCUAAUGAUGAGGUUCACGGGGUCUGCCUUCUUCCUAAAGACCUCUUCAGGAGCCAGACACUGGUUAAGCUGUAUCUGGGAAAAGAUACUAAUAUUGGGAAGCUUCCUCCGGCUCUGGAUGGUCUGGAUUGUUACACAGGCGAUGUUACCAUUGGUCUGUUCCAAGUGAAGGUGUUGGAUGUUGUUCGUUAUAAAGGAAGUGCUAAAGAGCUUCAACACUUGAAGAGUUUGCUUGCGGGAACUGAAUCCAUUCCAAAAGUGAGACUGGAGUUUCAUGAAGAUGUUGUGGUCGAUGAUGCCACAUUUAAUCAAACCAGUUGGGAUUUUUUUACCAUUUUUGGAGUUGUUCCAGACUAUAUCUAUUAUUUCGAAUAG